AAACUCACCCAAUACAGCUCUGCUCACACACAUUGCUACUCCAUACACUUUGACGCUUCGCCUCUUGAACAAGAAAACUCAGACCUGUGGCACAACACCUGUGACGCCCGCGUUCGGACGCAAUUCAGACCAUGUUACAAGUGUUGAACAUGAUAAGCACACGUUCCAAUAGAUAACCUCUUGAGCGACUGAGCGUUCUCUUUGUGGGAAUGCACUCGUAGUUGAGCCAGCUCAAACCUUUGGCCGCGUGCCAAUGCCGCUUGUUUAUUCGUGCAUCUCGCUGCUCCAUGGUGUCACGUUAGCGGAGUAUGCGGCGUUUGCCGGGAAUUUCGGCGCGGUAGCCAAGGAGUACCUUGCCCGGACGACUGGGGAGGGCAAACUCUCCUAUGCCGUGGACGGGCACACCUUCACGGUCCUGUGCCGCGGAGGCUUCGUGUUUUUAGUGGCGGCGGAUGAGGCGACGGGGAAAACAAUCCCCUCCGCCUUCGUCGACAAGGUGGCGGAUGAGUUUACGUCCAAGUAUGCGGACAAGGCGGCCGGCCUGGCGGGCAAGGAGGGGGGCCUCCAGUCAUCUUUUGGCAAGCAGCUCAAGUCUACGAUGGAGCACGCGACGCAGUACCCGGAGGAGUACUCCAAGGUGGCGUCCGUGCAGAAGAAGGUGGAUGAGGUGAAGGGCAUCAUGACGGAAAACAUUGACAAGGUGCUGGCGCGCGGCGAGAAGCUGGAGCUGCUGACCGACAAGACCGAGAACCUCAUGUUUGAAUCGGACCGCUUUGUGCGGACAGGGCGAGCGCUCCGCCGCAGGAUGUGGAUGCAGAACUGCAAGAUGAAGAUCGUGGUGGCUCUGGCGGUCAUCCUGCUGGCGGUGGUCAUCUUCCUGCUGGUCUGUUUCUCGGGCGGCAACUGCCUCAAGUAAACAUGGGGAUCUGAGGCAUCAACCGGUGACGGGAUUCCUUUCGCUACAGAGAGCUUUAUUCUUGGUUAUAAGUAACUUGCGCCGGUUGCACUGGUGGUGGGUUUUGCGCCGAAGAGGGAGCGUGGCGCUGAGUUGUUGAAUGACGUUGGGGCUUGUGUGCGCGGCCUGCGUCAGCAGGCAAAGCUACUGCGUAUUUCGGCUGGCGUGCGUCAUUCCUUACGCUCCAUCAGGUAGCUGCAGCAGGUGCUGCACAAUGAAGAUGGCAGGGCCCGUUCACACCAGCUGGAAUAGCAUUUGCUGAGCACGUGGCUGGACAUUGGCGGCCUGGAUUCGGUCAGCUUUCCUCAGGGGUGGCGUCAUGGGUCAUACAUCUUUGACUCGUUGCAACCUGCUAUCAAAGAUAGCUCCACGGCUGCUACCUGCUGCUACCUGAGCCACCUUUGCAAAGCGCGCGUCUGGGGGCCGACGGCGUGCAGCAAGACGGAAGUUGAUGGCAUGUGUGCGAGUUUUGCACUUGCCGUGUGAGGAGGUGCCAGGAUUCGUGAGAGACUGCCCCGGUGUGCAGCAUGGGUGUGGUGUGGCCAUGCGGGCCAAGGGGCGAUGUGGGCGUGAUGUGAUUGGUUUGCCGGACAAGGGGGUGUCAGCUUUGUCGUGCUUUGUACAGGUGGAAACAGGGCUGAGCCCCCCACGAGCGUCACCCGAACCUUAUGCCUGACAAGUUAUUAUCUCCGUGUAAUAAACACCUUAG